AUGUAUAAAACGAUAAUAUAUUUUUUACUUCUGACAAAUCUGGUAAAUACUCAAAUCCACAUUAUACCCUUUGAACAAGUAAUAGAGGUUCCCUAUAUCAUACCUUACGACGUUAACAGUUUUAACAAUGUUAUUCAACCGACUAAAGAACCUGAAAGCCGUAUAUCUGGUGAAAUUAAGGAAUCCGUCUGUGCAACUCAAGUGAUAAAUUUCAUUCAAACUUACGUGGUUGAAAACAUCCAUAGAAUACUCGGCAUUUUAAACGACAUAACAGCUAAUGUCGAAAAUUUGAGUUGUCAAAAUAAGUUUGACCCUAUAACAAAUCACCAGCUGAAUCCGAAAAUCGAUGGCCCAAAUUUGACCUCCAUUAUAUCUGAUUUGGGGAAUAUACUAACCUCUACAAAUAUCAAUGAUUUAAUAAAGAGAACGACAUUGCCGAUCAUCUCACCCGACAUAGAUGAAUCAGGGGUUCCUUCAACAUUAUCUCCGAUUGAUAUAGGAGAGGCUAUUAAGCCAAAAGAAGUUACCCAUGCCCAAAUUAUACCAGAGGUAUUUACAACUACAUCACCCGUAAUUACAACAUCUAAAAAUCUUGAAACCGAUCUUUCUUGUGACAAGAUUACAAAUACAACUCAAGAUGUUCAAAUAUCGGGGAAAUUAUUCAAGGAUUUAUUUAUCGUAAAAGAAAAAUCGGGGUUAUUCGCCAGAUUCGGUUUGAGCGAUCAGGGGCUCAACUGGCGCUAUUUUAACGAAAUCCUUAAAAACGUUAUUAUUGAACUACUAUCCCCGACAGACCUUAAAAAUAUAGAAACUUUGAUUUCAACCCUUUACCCAUCUUCUGCCACCGAUUUAAACAAGAUAAUUAAGGUUAAAAGCGAUAUUUUUUUGGGCGUUCAAAAUCGGGAUAGUAAAAACCCUUCUAAACUAAUAGUUCGUAAUUUGAGAUCCUACCCAGAAUUAUUCAAAGACGAGAAAAUUUGCCUUGACCUGUCAGUCAAUUCUGAACUAACCAGGUAUUCCCUUACUACUGACAGGAUGAGAGUUAGGUGUUUUGGUUCACCUAGAGGAAAUAGCUGCGGGAAAUGUGGGUUGCCCAAAAACCACGAAGUUUCGGAUCCCGUCAUAAUUAAAGAAGUUUUUAUGUGGCCGAGUUCUAAAGGGGCUUCGAUUCCUGAUGAUCAAUGGAGAAGAAAUCAAUACGUUUUUAGAGGAACUUUCUACCACAUAUUCGUCAAAUUGCGAGAUUGUUAAAAUGUGGGAUGAAAUUUUUUUUUGUAAAUUAUAUAUUUUUUUACAUAGUUAUUAUACAUAGAUUUUAACAUUA